UAUUAUUCAUAUUAAUAUAUAUAUAAUAUAUCUCUAUUUUCUGUGUUGUGUGUGCAUAUCAAUCAGCGUGCGUGAGGAGGAGAAGAAGAAGAAGAAGAAGGUGUUUGGUUUGGUGAGAGAACACAGUCAUCUUCAAUUCAACCUUCUUCGUAGCCAUGAAACCUCUUCUUCUUUGUUAACGCAGCUUCGUUUCUUCAUGUGGGUCUCACCGACUGCUGCUGCUGCUUCUUCCAUGGAGGUGGAUGAGGUGCAAGUGAAUAAACUUGUGAAUUGUGUAGAUGAGCAGGCAGAUGAGCAAUCACUUACUCCAGAAUUUUCUGAUGAUUAUGACAAUUUCGGUGAUCCAGAUGUGUUUCCUCGAGUGGGCCAGGAGUACCAGGUCGAGAUUCCAUCACUGAUAUCAAAUUCUGAUUAUUCCUGGUUACAAAAGAAUUCACAUGAGGCAGAAAGCACAGUUAGUGCUCUCCAUGCAUUUCGAGUAGGAUUACCCAUCCCAUUGAUUCGGCUUACAAAUGAAGUUGGAAACUAUAAUCAUGAUCAUCUGAAAAAUGCAUGCAAGUCAUCAACUGGAGUUGGCAAGAAAAUUGAAUCUUCAAAACUUGAAUGCGUCAAAGAGACUCAGGGUGGUCCGGACUAUGAAAAACUGAAUCCGAAGCUCGAGGUGACUGACAGCACAUUGGUGGAUAGAAUGGAAUUGGGAAAUCCCAAUGUUAAGCAAGAGACGAAGCACGGAGUGAAAGACCUUCGUCUGGUUCCGGGGGCUGCAAGUGACACCUGGAAUGAAAUUGAAGAGAGCAGUUUUAUCCUUGGAUUAUAUAUAUUUGGGAAGAAUCUUGUUCAAGUGAAGAAAUUCAUUGGCAAUAAGAAGAUGGGUGAUAUAUUGUCAUUCUAUUAUGGGAAAUUUUACAAGUCUGACAGAUAUCAAAGAUGGUCUGGUUGCAGGAAAAUGAGAAGCAGAAAAUGCAUUUUUGGGCAAAAGAUUUUCACAGGACCAAGGCAACAAGAACUUUUGUCUCGUUUGUUACCCAACAUAUCAGAUGAAUGCCGCAAUAAAUUACAUGAGGUGUCAAAGACAUUUGUAGAGGGGAAAAUACUUCUAGAAGAUUAUGUUUUAACUUUAAAGGCCUUAGUGGGGCUCAAAGUUCUCGUUGAGGCAGUAGGAAUUGGUAAAGGGAAGGAAGAUCUAACAGGUCUCGCUGUAGAUUCUAUGAAGUCCACUCAGGGACUUCCUCUUCGCCCAGAAAUACCAGUUGGCAAAGCAUGUUCAAUGCUUACAUCUGGGGAAAUAAUAAGCUUUCUAACUGGUGAUUUCAGAUUAAGCAAGGCUCGGACCAGUGAUCUAUUUUGGGAAGCUGUUUGGCCUCGUUUACUUGCAAGGGGAUGGCACUCUGAGCAGCCAAGUUGUUACAAUUAUGCUGUUUCGUCCAAGAAUGCUCUGGUCUUCCUUGUCCCUGGAGUCAAAAAGUUUUCAAGGAAACUAGUGAAGGGAAAUCACUAUUUUGAUUCUGUCAGUGAUGUCUUGGGUAAAGUUGCUUCUGAUCCUGAGCUAAUUGAACUUGAGAAAGUUGCAGAUAAUGGUUGCACUGAGAGGGAUGGGAAUGGGUGGUGUGAAGAAACAAAAUUAGACAGGGAGAAUUCCCCUGAUCAGCCACGCCAUUGCUAUCUCAAGGUAAAACCUCCAAACCGCAGCAUGGAUGGAAUGAAAUUUACUGUUGUAGACACAAGUCUGGUUAGAGAAAAGAUGAAAAUGGUGAGAGAAGUGAGAAGCUUACCAUUUGAAGUUUUAAGAAGUUCUGCUUUUGAAAAUGAUUCAGAUACUUCAGAGGAACAAACAAAUGAAUCGGAAUCUGUCAACACCAUGUACUAUGAUAGGAAGAAGGCUGGAGGCGGAAUUUCUUCGGACUUGCAUGGUGUAGAAAGCAAUCCUUCUAAAGGGGAGCUUUCGAUAAGCAGCAUGGAUUCUACUGCUCUAUCUGCUGCCUCCAAGGACCAGAAGACAGACUUACCCAAUAACACACAGAGAAGAGAUGGUAUGAAGUGCCAAUCGCUACAGAGAAUGAUAUCUGACAACAAAAUAGAUUUAGUCCCCGCUGCAAAAAGACGGCGGAGAUUAACUGCGUGUAGCCGUCCAAAGAAAAAUGUCAACACAGCUAGUUUGUUUAUAGUUCCCAGAGUAAAACAAGAGGAGGCUAGUUUCUAUCCUGACACCCCGAAACAAAGUGCGAAUGUAACUGCCGGUUUAUUUUUCACUCCAGCUGUAAAACAAGAGAAGGCCAGUGAUCAUGCUUAUAACUCUGGACUUUGUGAGAAUGUUCCUUCAAUUAAAAUUCCACCUCAGGAAAGUAACUCAUUAUUUGGUCUUCCAACCCAGGGGAAUGAGACACUAGCAGGUCCAGUGUCAAAUUCCAGCUCAAUUAUCAGCACAGAAGCUAUUCCUGCUACUAGUUCUUCAGGUACCAAGGAUCGACAUGAGAAACCUCUGCUGCGGACUCUAAUUGACCUUAAUUUACCUGUUGCGCCUGAAGUUCAAGGCGAUGAAACUUCUGAGAAUGAAGCUUCUGACGUGCAGCAAAAGAACACAAGCAAGGAAUUAGAAGAGCUCAGUGUAGCAACAGUCUCCAAACCUGUGGAUCACUCUUACCAUCAGCCUGACAUACAAACCAGGAGACAGAGCACAAGAAACCGCCCUCCCACAGCAAAGGUGCUGGAAGCUUUAGCAUUUGGAUAUCUUGACAGAAAGGAGAAGCGAAGUCGUCGGGAUUACCACCAAGACAGUUCCAGACCUCCCCGACGUCGCAAAGCGGCAGGUUCUGGCAGUGGUGUCACAGGUCUUGAAAAAGAUGAAAAAGCAAAUGUUGUCUAUAAUGGUAAUGGUAACGAUAACAGCAGCAGUAACAGCAAUGUGUUAUGUACAGACUUCAAGUCUACUGAAGGAUAAAAGGAACCGAGUGUCCAAGCUUCUUUUAUGACUGACAAUGGAGAAUAAUACUUCCUUGAUUUUGUGCCCUGGAUGAUUGAUUAUUGUUGCCAGUUUGGUGGGGUCAAACAUCAGAAGGAAGGUUUCAGUUUUACAGCUUUAGAGAUGUGAAGAAUUUCCAUGGGGAAUGUUACCAUUAACUGCAAAGAGAGACAUAGAGAUCCCUCAGGUCUCUUUGCACUCAAACAAGAUCUGAGAAAGUGCUUUCUUUCAAGUCUCUGGAGUUGAAGUUCUAUGCUGUGUUCCCACCUGUCAAUACACACUGCAAGACAAUGCACAUUAUGAUUCUAGUUUCCUUCUUUUUCUUCUCUUUUGUUCAUUAUAGUUACAUGUUUAACCUUGCCAAUUCUGUCAAAUGAGGACAGAAUGAAGGAAAAUGGAGUGGUUUUCAGAAGGCUUUUCCCCUCUUUGGGUGUGUCCUCCUGAAUGAUUACUCCAAAUAUUCAUUAUACAUGCAUAUAUGAAGUGAUUCUCAUUCACAAUUACUUGCCUCUUGUUACUAGUGAUUUGCCUUCCCCUCUUGGAUUCCAAUAAUGGAUUGGAGGGAAUGAAAGGGGUAUUUUACAUAGAUAAAUAUACUUUUCCUUA